CCCAAACAUCUGGAGGGCCGGAGGUUGCCUAUGCCUGCUCCAUGCUAUGCUAAUAGGCGCUAUUUCAUUCAUAGCGCAUCAGCAUCGCCUUGCGACCGAGAGCGGAGUCCCCCCUCCCAAGCGGCUUCCCAUCUAGGGCAGCCUCGGCCCCGCCCCUUCGCGUUUCGAAAAGGCGUCGCGGAACGAAGAUUGGCCCACGCGCCGCGCCGUCCUCCGUUGCUAAGGAGGGCCAGAGACGCUGCCUUUAGCAACGGGCCCUCUCCCGGCGCCUGCGAGGCUCCGAUGGCGGCCGCCGCUAGCCCCACCGUCUUCCUUCUCAUGGUCAAUGGGCAGAUCGAGAGCGCGCAGGUGAGCCGGGGCCGUGCAGGGGCUGCUUUUGCCUCUCUGGAGAAACGGGGGGCCGGGCUAGAGAGGGAAAACGCGUUCUUUGUCCGCAUCACCCCUCCAGGCCGUCGCCGUGGUAUCUCCCGCCUGUUCUGUACCCCCAGGCCAUGGGCGGAACCAAGUCGGACAGAGGGGGGUGCGAGCUUUCUUUACUCCCGCGCCCCGUUUUCCACUCCCCCUGCUGUUGUGCCUUUCACAGAAAGAGAGAGCCUGGCUGUGUUGUCUCCCCGGGCUUCCAUCUUCCUAUUGCAAGCAGGCAGAAACCCAACAGGUGCAGCCGCUCAUAGAAAUCAGGUUGGGGUGGGGUAUUGCAUUGGGUUUUCACCACCUAUGCCUGUAAUUAGAAAUGCCAGCUUCUCUUGCUUCUGUGCAUUAAUUAGCUGCGGGGCAGGCACAAAUCCCACAGGUGCAGCAAUAGGCGGACGUUGUCAUCCUUGCAUAUAGCCUAUAGGUAUAAAUGGUACUUGCAUGAAACCCUCUCAUGACAAAAUAUCAGAGCGGUGAACAGCAAGGGAAGCUUGACCGGUUGGAUUUGUGCCUUAGAGUGCAGAUGUGAAAGGGUGAAGAACCUUGCAUGGGAAAGGGGGGGGAGUGAUUUUGAGGUGUCAGCAGGUAUGUCUGUAGGUUCCCCAGUUCUUUGCCCCCCGGCAUCCUUAAGCUGGAGCUGGUUUUCCAUUUAAAGGGUGCUGGUAGCAGAGUAAGAAAUGAAAAUAAGCUGCUGUGUUGUGUUGUAAACAAAAAUUGCCCUUUUCCCUUACGUGGUAUCCAAGAGCCCAUAUAGAGUCCUUACAUAGGUUCCCUAUUGGUAGGAGAAAAUAACAGAGGCCAACCAGAGAAUAUUGAGAAGCAAAGCAGCUAGUAAGCUUGAUCUUUAUUGAUCUGUUGCAACAGGGUGCUCCUCUCACACGCAGGAAAGGAGGAGGACCCAGAAAAAUAGUGUGCAAGGCCUUAUAAAGAUUUUUGAUAUUGCCACCCUGUAGAUCAAGACCACCCCCAGAAACAUCAUACAUACAUCACAGAAGGGUUGUAACCUAAGACCACCCCUCAGAUACAUCAUACCUACAUCACAGAAAAAGGCGGUCUAAACAGAAAUUUAAAUGUUGUUUUUCUCUUGUCCUUGUUUAUCUCCUGUCUGGCAGGUUACUUGAUUGGAUUGCCUGGGGAGCCUGGCCAUUCUUUUGUAGUGAUAAAUACUUAGUUCCUGGGCCAUGUCACAGGCUCACACCCCAUUCAAACACAGACAUACCUUUAAGACAGGAUUUGUGAAGGAAAAGACAAUGGGGAGGCUUUUCCACUUUGACUUUGCAGAGAAAACAUUUGCUCAGUUUAGGAAUCAAAAUGGCUUCAGGUCGGUCUUCCUGUGCUGAUAUAUGUACGUGCAGUUAUGAACAUUACCAUAUAUCUAAGACCUCAAAAUUCCUAUCACAGUUGCAUUGCCUGGCCUGAGGAAAAGUGAGACAAGCUUCCCAAUCGCUGCACUUUGUGGCAAAAGCUUCUGCUGCAGCAGCUCUUCAAUGCAUGGGAGCCCCAGGCCAAGUGCUGCAUUCGGCAAACCCCCACACAUCGGGAUGAGUAUAGGGAGCUGUAUGGAAAGAUGCAAAGCACUUUUUUUUCCAUUUUCAGUUCCCGGAGUUUGACGACCUCUACUGCAAGUACUGCUUCGUGUACGGUUACGACUGGGCCCCUACUUCAGUAAGUCUUUCUCCAGUCAUCUUGCUCCUUCCUUAGCCACAAGCCCAGCGGUUUUUCUGGACCACCUGCAUCGAAUCCAUCCAUUUUGCUUUGCUGUGCUUUGAAGCCACAGAAAACAAAUCAGCAUCCGCAACAGGGAAACAGAAUAUCCGUUAUCAGGGUCUACCUUUGAUUGCCAAAUUCAAGAGGCAGCAGACAGGUGCAGGUCCUUGUAAUUUUCCCAGAGGCCUCCGGCUGCUCGACUUGGGAAGAAGGAUGAUAGACCAAAUAGAUAUACAGUCGUACAGUGGUGCCUCGCAAGACGAAUGCCUCGCAAGACGAAAAACGUGCAAGACGAAAGAGUUUUCCGUUUUUUGAGUCAUUCCGCAAGAUGAAUUUCCCUAUGGGCUUGCUUCGCAAGACGAAACGUCUUGCGAGUUUGUUUCCUUUUUCUUAAAGCCGCUAAGCCGUUAAUAGCCGCUAAGCCGUUAAUAGCCGCUAAGCCGCUAAUAGCCGUGCUUCGCAAGACGAAAAACCGCAAGACGAAGAGACUCGCGGAACGGAUUAAUUUCGUCUUGCGAGGCACCACUGUACCUUGUUUUGCGACCGGGAUCCGUUCCGGAGCCCCGGAUGCUAGACGAAAAGGACGCACGACAAAGAGCCACUCUGCACACACACACACACACACACACACACACACAGAGCAGAUUGCGCUUCUGCACAUGCGCAAGCGGCAAACCCAGAAGUAAUCCGUUGCAGACUUCCAGGUUUGCCGCAGACAUUUGACAAAAUGGACGCACGACGAGGUGGACUCAAAACAAGGUACCACUGUAAUCCAAAAGAUGAGCCUUGCUAAACCUGUUGAAUACCAGAAUCUCUCCUGCCUCCCCCCCCCCAAGCACCCCAUUUCCCUAGUUUAGGGAUUGGGUAGUACCUCUGGUUUCUGCACUCUGAUAAUGUUACUUCUUCACCUGGGUGGUGUUGUGGUCAUUUCUGUUUUCUGUCAGUCUCAUGCUGUUUUUGUGAACCUAUUCAGUUUUUCAGGAAGACCUGUGGUUGUGUUCCUCUGAUCUUUGGAAUCUUCUUCCAAAAUCAGAAUGGAAAUACCAUGUGAAAAGAAAAGGUCUGACUCCACCCUCCCUUUUCCUUAUAGGGUUUGGAAGAAGGAAUCUCGCAGAUCACUUCUAAAAACAGAGUUGCCCCGCAAGACCUGGUGUGGAAUUUCCCCAUUGACAUCACCUUCAAGAGCACGAAUCCCUUUGGCUGUAAGUAAAGUGAAGCAAGAGGGUCUUGGAGCUCGAAAACCACCAACAGGAAAAGGGCGGUUGAGGUGCUCUGGCCCGUCUCCCAAGAUUGGUGCAUGCAUGUUAGAAGAGAGAUUUGGAAUACAACAGAUAUGGAGGGUUCUAGUAGCCCUUAGCGAGGCUUUGGGCUUCUGAAAGGAAAGACAGAAUGGAUGGAUCAGGCCUUUCGAUCCCUUCUGCUUAAUAAAAUGGGAAGGGAAGAGGGUGUUUUCUGUCCUGAAAAAGAUCUCAGAAUUCUGCAGUGAGGCAACCGAAAUUCUGCACCAAGCAAAGCUGAAUUCGGUGCUUGCUACAAAUGCUGAAAACUUAGUGCCUUUUAACACUUAACAAAUACAUUCAUACCUCAGGUCAAAUACGCUUCAGGUUGAGCGUUUUCGGGUUGCGCUCCGCAGUGACCCGGAAGUAACGGGACGCGUUACUUCCGGGUUUCGCCACUUGCGCAGAUGCUCAAAAUCACGUCACGUUCAUGUGCAGAAGCGGCGAAUCGCAGCACGCACAGAUGCAGGUUGCGUUCGCUUCAGGAUGUGAACGGGGCUCCGGAACAGAUCCUGUUUGCAUCCAGGGGUACCACUGUAGCUGGGUUACUUAUACUGCUUUUACUAGUUGCAGAGAAGGGCAAAGAGAGACUGCAGAGGAGAGUUCUGCUUAUACGUACAUUUUGGACAUCCUUUGCUCUCCAUCAAGACUGGCAAGAACUGAAUCCACUGAGGGAGGAACCUUCCUGCAAUGCUGGGGGUUGGACUAGACGACCUUUGGGGAACCCCUUCCAACUCCACAAUUCUACGAUUCUGUGAUUCCACCAGCUAUGCUCCUUUUCAGCCAUGCCUGUUAAGAAGGCCUGAGACCAAACACGCUUGGCAAAGUGGGUCUUCUUCCCCGUACAACCCAAGACGCCUCGCCUCAAAGGAAUAGCUGAUGAAUCUGGGGCCUUACACCUGUCACAAAUCCAGAAAUAAUACAAAACAAAACGGGCCAGCCUGCCGCUUUGUGUCACUGAGCUACUUUGCCCUGGGGGCAGGAGGAGGGGGGGGAGACACCUGGCCACCUGUUUACCCAGCAGGAAUUAUUAGUCGCCGAAGCCAAGUUAUACAACUUCAGAGCAGCUCUCCCACCAAGCGUCAUCCACGCACCUGCAGCUGGUGCAGAAAACAUGGUGGGAUGCUGGUAAUAGCCAGCAAGAUGGGAAGAGGACCAAAUCCAUCGCAGCACCCUUAGGUUGAUGAACCUUUUCUUUUCUCUCAAGGGCCUCAGAUAGUCAUAAGCGUGUACGGCCCUGAUCUUUUUGGGAAUGACGUGGUCCGAGGCUAUGGAGCGGUUCACAUUCCUUUCACCCCGGGGAGGUGAGUUCAUAAUCGCACUCCUUGACUCAGUUUGAACAUAGUUGCCUUGAGCUGUUGCACUCUUCUUCUUUUAAAAAAUACAGUUUUAUUGGUUUCCAAUAUAUAACAAUUACAAAAGAGAGAGGAAAAGAUGCAACAACAACAACAACAACAACAACAACAACAACAACAACAAUAAUAAUGAUAAUAAUAAUAAUUUUAUUUAUAUCCCGCCCUCCCCAGCCGAAGCUGGGCUCAGAGUGGCUAACAUCAAAUGUAUAAUACAUUAACAUAAAAUCAGACAAUCAAUUAAAAUACAUCCUCAAAUCAGAUCAGGAUCAGAAUAAAAUCCAAUCGGAAGGCAACCCGCAGAUUAGGGUUGGGGACCUUAAAUGCUCACCAGGCCCAACUGUUUGUGCUGAGCUUAUAUGGGCCUGUGAGAAAAAUUGGGAGGCCACUUUCAUGCAAGUUCUUAUGAAAGGGGAGAGGGAGUCAGACUGAACCCCGACCAAAGGCCAGGUGGAACAGCUCUGUCUUGCAGGCCCUGCGGAAAGAUGUCAAAUCCCGCAAGGCCCUAGUCUCUUGUGACAGAGCGUUCCACCAGAUUGGAGCCAAAUAUAUUCUUGCAGUCUUGAAAACCAGCGUCCAGAGUAUGAGACGGACGCUACCGCUGGGUUAUGGGAAGUCGGCCAAAGAGGAGCUGAUCUCUCAGCAGAGCCAUUGUGGGUGGGUCACUGAGAUGACAUAACCAUUAUUUCCUUAAAGAAUAGGUCCCAGUCCCCUGCUCACUGGGUCACUGCAACGUUAUUUCAUCCUUGUUCAUUAUUGACUCCACAAAACAUCAAAUCCUUUUUCUUUCUCCCAAGGGGUACGUGAGGUUUUUUGCCUUUGAUGGGGCACAGAAAGCCCUGACUUUCUUAAUCUUUCUUUUCUGGAUCUUUUCUAAUUGGUUGAGCUCCCAGAUUUGGAUAUCCUAAAUUCUCUUUCAGGCACAGGAGGACCAUCCCAAUGUUCGUUCCUGAAUCGACAUCCAAGCUGCAGAAGUUUACAAGGUACUGAAGAAUGCGUACGAUGUGGGUGAAAAUUUACUGGGAAGUGUUUUUUUUAUACAUGUCUUAAAAGCACUGGGCUCCAGUGGGCAUCAUCUCAAUUUACUUGGUUCACUUGUCCACACUGCUGUCCCAAGUCACCUUUGACCGCUGGGGUAGCAAUAUGACCUCCCUGCCACCGAUUAGACGGCUUGCAAAUAUAACAGCUUGAUUGCACAUAGGUGCCCUUUUUGUGCAAAGUGUUUAAUAUUUAGGGAGCAAGCCACGCAAACGAGGGCCCUAUGCAAUUUGAUAUUUGAACCAAACAGUUAUACAAACUGGCCCCUGGCACAGCCUGCCAGCGGCUUAAAGCUUCUCCCUAACCACACUUGCAUGCACACAACUGUUAACACUUUCCUCGCUGUGUGUUGGGUAGGAGGGGCUUGAUCCCCAUACACUGUAAACAACGCACUGUUGGCCAGGGCUGGGGACGAGGCACAGGGGGGAGUUCAAACUGUUGGCCAGCUGUGGCAAAGGAAGACUCGCCAGGGGCCUAGUAAGAAUUGUAGAAUCAUAGAAUCAUAGAGUUGGAAGAGACCACAAGGGCCAUCGAGUCCAACCCCCUGCCAAGCAGGAAACACCAUCAGAGCACUCCUGACAUAUGGUUGUCAAGCCUCUGCUUAAAGACCUCCAAAGAAGGAGACUCCACCACACUCCUUGGCAGCAAAUUCCACUGUCGAACAGCUCUUACUGUCAGGAAGUUCUUCCUAAUGUUUAGGUGGAAUCUUCUUUCUUGUAGUUUGGAUCCAUUGCUCCGUGUCCGAAUAAGGAAGCAAAGGGUCAUUGUUUAAUGGCAGGGCUCUGGCUUUGCAAACUCAAUCCUUGGCAUCUCCAGGUAACACUGGGGAAAUUUCCCCAUCUGAAACAGUGGAGAGCUGCUGCCACUCUCAUCAGGGUGGACUUGAUUUAAAUCAAAUCAAUUUAAAUCACUAGCCAGUAAGACUUGUUUUAAAUCAUUUUUUUUACGGAAAGAGUCAUUCUUGCUGGUAUAAUAAUAUUUCCAACCAGAGGAAGCUUUCAUUUUUGGAAUAAUAAAUUUUCAGAGCAGUUUUUACAGUUAUAUAAAAAAAUUACUGAUUUGGUUAUACUAUUAGAAAUACAUAGACAGAUAAUUAUGAAAUUAUUGUGAGGUUCAAUAAGUUAACUGUUUAUAUUUGGACAACUUUUCUGCUGCACUUUAUUGGAAGGAGAAAAAUAAUCAUUUCCUUAAUAACAAUUUAAACAGUUUAUUUAACUAAAACAAUAACAUUAUAGCAUAUGUAUCCAUGUUUGUUAAGUGAUGUGGUUAAACAAUUUAAGUGAGUUUUACCACACAUGAAAAACUUAAAACAAAUCCUUAUUUCCUGAUAAAUAGCCUCUGGACUAUAAUGUAACUUAAAUAGAAAACUAUCUUUAGAAAGAUAUUUUUCCCCCAAAGCAUUUUAUUUUUGAAAACCAAUUUAAAUUUAAAAAACCAAUUUUUUUUAUUUGAUUUUUUAAAAAAAGAUCAUUGGUUUUUAUCCACCCUGCCACUCACUGUAGACUGGGGUGGGGAACCUGUAACCCUCCAGGCAACGUUAGACUACAGCUCCCAUCAGCCCUGGCCUCCAAGGCCAGUGGUCAGCGAUGAGAAGAGCUGUGCUCUAACCACUUCCAGAGAUUCAGUGUCUCCACCCCUUGUUCAAAGCACCUUGCUAUGUGGUUCCCAACAAAGUCUGGGAGCGUUUGUGGCUGGUUGAACUUGUAGGAGAGAUUCUGGGAUUGUGAGAUUUGGGGCCGCAGUAACAUUUGACAGGUUUAGGUUACGGGGGGGAUUUGGAUCGAGUGGAACUGUGAGGCUGCCUUGACAACCCAGGAACUUUCUCUUUCUCCCAGCUGGCUUAUGGGAAGACGCCCAGAGUUCACGGACCCCAAGGUCGUAGCGCAGGGAGAAGGCCGAGAAGGCAAGUGCUUGGGGAGGGAACCCCCCUUGGAUGGGAUGAACGUUAUCUGCAGGCCCGGCCCUGCGGAGGUGGAAUCACAGGCAGAGCCUGGCCCCUAAAGGGCAGUGGCAAAGACCGAGCUUGAAACGUUGCCCCGAUUCAAGAUGCGCUCAUGGUCAGGGCUGCUCCUCCUGCAGAGGGUGUUGUCACAGGAUAAUUCUUGUGGUAUGGGGGAGAAAUAUGCAGCGGGUUGGGCAAGAUGAACCUCGAGAUCCCUUCCAACUCUACCAUUCUGGGAUUCCAAAGCAGGCUGCGUUAUAUCUGCCAAUAAAUAAGCAUUGCCAAGGGAAGACGUCCAGUGUUAGUAGGGUGGCGAUGAAUGUGCAGCGCUUACUCUCCCCCCACUGAAUUUUCAAGUGCAGUUGCAUUCAGAAAAGCAGACAUCAAACCACCACCCUUCAAUCUUAAUGUCCUUUUUAUGGCCUCAGCCCAGUAGACCUGAAGAAGCGUCUCCACCCUCAUUGUUCAGUCCGGACACUUUAGGUCCAGCUCUGAGGGCCUUCUCGCGGUUCCCUCCCUGUGAGAAGUGAGGUUACAGGGAACCAGGCAGAGGGCCUUCUCGGUAGUGGCACCUGCCCUGUGGAACGCCCUUCCAUCAGAUGUCAAGGAAAUAAACAACUAUCUGACUUUUAGAAAACAUCUGAAGGCAGUCAUGUUUAGGGAAGUUUUUAAUGUUUUAUUGUGUUUUUAAUAUCCUGUUGGGACGCGGGUGGCACUGUGGGUUAAACCACAGAGCCUAGGACUUGCCAAUCAGAAGGUUGGCGGUUUGAAUCCCCGCAACGGGGUGAGCUCCUGUUGCUCGGUCCCUGCUCCUGCCAACCUAGCAGUUUGAAACCACGUCAAAGUGCAAGUAGAUAAAUAGGUACCGCCCCGGCAGGAAGGUAAACGGCAUUUCCGUGCACUGCUCUGGUUCUCCAGAAGCGGCUUAGUCAUGCUGGCCACAUGACCCAGAAGCUGUACGCCGGCUCCCUCGGCCAGUAAAGCGAGAUGAGCACCGCAACCCCAGAGUCGGCCACAACUGGACCUAAUGGUCAGGGAUCCCUUUACCUUUACUUUAAUAUUCUGUUGGGAGCUACCCAGAUUGGCUGGGGAGGCCCGGCCAGAUGGGCGGGGUACAAGUAAUAAAUUAUUUUUAUUUUAUUUUAAGAGUGAAAUAAACUCUUGCUGGUUUUCAUUUCAUUCCACUUGGUCUUCUUCCAGUGACCCGGGUGCGCUCGCAAGGCUUCGUCACCCUCUCCUUCAACGUGGUGACCAAGGACAUGAAGAAGCUGGGCUACGACGUGAGCCCUGCCAGCGCGUCCAACCCCUCGCUCCCGUCAGUGGCCGGCGGCAUUCAAAACUACUGAACACCAGGUGGUUGCUGGCCUGCUUUGAAAGCCUGUAGGGUCCCCUGGCAAAGGUAUUUGAACUAGCAUCACUCCAGAUGACAGCUGAGGCCUGUUGUAGUUGUCAUGGGACUAACAAGUGUGUCCUGAGGACCGUUUCAAACAUUCUGUUACUGAGGUGCUAUGGCAGGGUGCUGAGCUUAUAACCCAUAGCCUGUGUCUGAACCCCGCCCCCUGCCCCACCAAAGCAAUUCUGGGUACACCCCAAACACCAGCUUUGCCUGCAGCGACGAAAUCAGAAGCAAGUACCGUGGCAUCCCUAGAUAAGGCAGAGUGGUUUAAACCCAGGCCAGCAUUGUGCCAAGUCCACCCUCUUCAUAUAAACUGCAGAGCAGGCUGGGUUUUCCUUCCCUCUACCCAAUGCAGCAGGGAUAGUGAGCAUAGUUGCCUCCAGCUGACUGCAUCUCCCAUCAUCCCCGGCCUUCUGGCCAAGCCUGAUGGGAGUUGGAGUUCAAGAAUCCAUAGAGCACUGACAAAGGGCCAUUCUAUUGAAGGGAAUGCAGCAGGAUUUUGGAGGGCACCAGGCGAUGGCAGAUUUCUCAUAUAUGGCUGGUCAUGUAAGGAAGGGUUCCAUGCAUGUAGAAAUGUAGUGCAGCAGGGAGCAAGCUUGCAGGCUUUUUUUUUUUUAGCAGCGCAACAUUGAAAGGAUUACCUGCAGCUUAAAAUCAUGGGUUUCUCAGUUUCUCGCUUCUGCUUCGAGUGGUCGGUUAUCCCAUUACGGCAGAGACAGAAAGCAUAGCACAUAGGAAGGGCUUACAAACUUGCCUGCUCUGUGCCAGCUACACUUAAGCCAUUUGCAGGUGUUCCUCUGCCCAGCUUGCUAGCAGUUGCAAGGGGCAACUCUUUUCUUCAGGGGAACGUUCCUGUAUAUCCCAAAGCACGUUGUGGCAGAAGCAGUCCUAAUGCCCCAACCUCCUCAAGUUAAUCACUUCCUUUUUUCAUACACAUUACUCAUCCUUAAGCAUUCACUUGUUUAAGACGAUGUUUGUAACUGUUGGAAAGUUGGAGGUAAGAGAGAAUCUGCUUUUCUCGCUCUCUGACCGCCCCUUUUGGCACCUGAUUUAUCCCAUUUCAUCAGUAUUGCAGAACUGGUUUAAAUUAGUCCUGCAGGGAGGCCCACUGCUGUUGCGCAGCAAACAAGUGGGUUUAAUGGCCAGCAUGAAUGAGACCUGCAGGAAAGUAUAAGGGAUAGUUUGAAUAUUACUUGAAACUGGCUUCUUGCAGUAUGGGAAGUGAUAUUUUAAAAAUAAUGCCAACACUUAUUUACGAAAGCAAUAGCAUUCACUAUUCAACAGAUGAGCUUAUUUAGAAUUUCCUACACCCAAACUGGUGCUUUGUAAAGGAUCUAGAGAGUACCCUUGUACUUACACCAUUUUGUAAAGUUUCUUUUUAAAUAAAGGAUUUCCACAUUUGUGGGGGCAGCAGUC